CCGGGCCGCCGCCAGGACGCAAAAGGCGUGGUCUGCGCAGGCCCCAGGCCCAGCCCCCCGCCAAUGGCCUGCUGCGCCGGCUCCGGGUUCUCCAGGUCCAGCCUCCCCUCUCCAACACAGGGCUGUGCGCAUGCGCCUGGAAAGGAGAGGAGAUAUGGAGAACUGUUUGGCGGCCGCGGCGCUGAACGGGGUGGACCGACGUGCCCUGCAGCGCACGGCUAGGCUGGGUCAAGAAGUGCUGGAGCGGGCCAAGAGGAGGGCGGUGGACUGGCAUUCGCGGGAGCUCCCCCAAAGCAGCGUGGGGGUCACUUCCCGAGAACAGCCUGACAGAGAAAGACGGCCAGCAGCCGACCCCCAGCGCCUUCUCCCGGGAGAGAGAGAAGAAAGACAACCAACCCUCAGUGCUUCCUUCAGAACAAUGGCAGAAUUCAUGGACUAUACUUCAAGUCAGUGUGGGAAAUAUUAUUCAUCUGUACUGGAGGAUGGAGGGGCAGCCCAUGUCUCUCGUUAUCACAGAAGGAAGUCGGAACUGCAUUUGUGCUGUGACAGGAGGAAUGGUCAGAGAAAAGACACCUCUCUUGGUCUUGGAGUCAUCUCUCACGAAUCAGAGUGUGCUCUAGAGGCCUCUCAGCAGCCUUGUUGCCGUCUGCCAUCAGAACUGAGACCCCUCCUCUGGCCGCACAUCUACCCACUUCCCAGCCAUGUGUUGAAUCUGUCCUUGGAAGAUGGUCUGUGUUCGGCACAGCUCUAAACACAACUCUUUCCGUUGACUCCAGUUUCCCGUGCUUUGUACUAUGGGACAACCAAUCCUCCGGGGGAGGCUUUGGCCAGCCAGCCGCCUUGCUGCAUGACGGAAUGGGACCUACUCUAGUGUGCUCCACUUUCAGAGAAGAGAAUAGUUCAUCUUCCUCCUGAGUUAGCAAAGCACAGUUAAAAAGGGUCUCGUUUUUCCAUGGUGCCUUGUCAUUACUGCUAAUCUGUGCUAACAGGUGCCACUGUCUGUUUUUGAUCCCCAACACGAUGAUUGGAGUGUCCCAUUUAUGACCCUUCAUGUUCUUGUAACAUUCUAGCGCUUACAAAGUGUUUUCACAUACAUGCUGUGAGGUAGGUAUCACAGUUUUAGAAAUAAGGGAACAGGCACAAGGUAACAGGCACAAGGCACAGACUUACCUAAAUGACAUUCCUGUUGUCUUCCCAGGCUGACUUGAAAGCAGGACCUCCAUGUCCCACAUCAGUGCUUUGUUCCACUGUACUUCUGGCACAUAGGGGUCACCUUGCUGGAGGUGCCCUGAUGGCACUGUGAUAGAAAAUCUCUAAACCGCUAAUACAUGCUUUUUC